GCGGAGUCACGGCUUCUGUCCCGAGAGACUGAAUAGGGGGAUUAAGAACAGAAUGCAAGAAUAGCGGCUACAAUGCCCCUGUAUCGCGCUGAUGUCACUUGCUCAGAAAACCAGCAAGUAUACGAAGUGUCAGCAGUGUCAGCAGCAGCGUUGCCACAUAGACCCCCUCCAGGAGAGCGAGUGCCAGGCCAGAGGAAGCCCGAUUUGGCAACAGCGCUCGUGCGGCGUCCGGUCCCGACAGCGGCCAACCCGCGGCCCUCUUAGUCGAGUCGCGGCGCCACGAACGCGAAGAGCACCCGGCAGCUCUUCGGCGCACGAAGGAACCCCAGCGCCCGCCUCCUUUCCCUCUCUUCCUGGAUCUCGCCGAAGGACUCCCGACGAGGAAGGAGGAGAAGCCUGUUUCGCCGUCCGUCCUCCGAGUCCUGGGCCUCCUCGUCCUCCUUUCUUCCUUCCACCACCUCAUUCUCGCUUGUAUCGUUUGGAAUUAAGUAAACAGAGGAAGUGCGAGGAGGAUGAAUGAGACUUAAAAAUAGACGGAUAAAUCUACGGUCUUCGCACG